AUGGACGCCUUUUCCGCAGUUAACGGCAAGACAUUUGACUACAUUGUCGCAGGCGGCGGCACCUCGGGAUGCAUCAUUGCCUCCAUCUUGGCCCAGCAGCUACCAGACUGCAGCGUGCUGGUAGUCGAGGCCGGGCCUGAUGACUCAGCAGAUCCCGACAACCUGGUGCCUGGACUUACUAAACCGAAGUUUAUGAGCAAGGAGGGCAACUGGCUGUACAAGACGGCACCGCAGACAGCACUGGGAGGCCGAGAGAUCAUCUACCCUCGCGGACGAGGGCUGGGAGGUUGCUCGGCAAACAACUUUCUCGGCUGGGUCAAAGGUCCCAAGGCUGACUGGGAUGCCUGGGCCGCGAUGGCCGGUGACCCGUGGUGGGCCUGGGACAAUGUGAAGACGGUGUUCAAGGCCAUGGAAGACUUUGACUCCCGCUGUCCUGCCGGUAUGGAGAAGUAUGUGCAGCCGACACCGGGCGUGCACGGAAAGGGAGGACCCGUAGGCGUUUCCUACGGCGCCACCUGGCUGCCGAUUGUGCCGUACUGUCUGGACGCGUUUGAGCAGGCCGGAUACGAGCGGAACCUGGACCACAACGACGGCGACGCGCUGGGCUACUCGGUCGUGCAGUUCUCGGCCCAGGAUGGCGUGCGCGUGACCAGCACGACGGCCUACCUGAACGAGCAGCGCCGCCAGGCCUUGCCGAACCUGACGAUCCUGACGAGCAGCCUGUGCUCCCGCGUGCUGUUUGAGGACACGAGAGCAGUCGGCGUGGAGAUUGUACUGGCGAGAGCGACCACGGCAGCCGAGAAGCAGCAGACGGUGACGGUAUCGUCGCGCUCCGACGUGAUCGUGUCCGGGGGAACGUUCCAGUCGGCCCAGCUGCUGCUGCUGUCGGGCGUGGGUCCGGCAGCCGAUUUGGCCAGGCUCGACAUUCCGGUAGUGGCAGAUUUGGCACCCGUCGGCCAGCACAUCCGCGACCACUCGGCCUUUGCGUGCGAGUACGUGAUUGAGCCGUCCAUUGGCGGGCACAACGAGGUGCUGCGGUCACCGGCCAAGCUGGCAGCCGCCAAGGCCGAGUACGCAGCCUCCAAGACAGGUCCGCUGGCCAUCUACGGCGUCAGUGCGGCGGUGUCGUUUCCCCGGUUGCCGGCCGUGCUCCAGUCAGCCGAGCUCGGCCGUGCCGACACUGCCGUGCAGCAGUUCCUGGCUGAGCCUAGCCGGCCCAGCACCGAAAUUUGGCUGCACUCGGGUCCGCUCUUCUAUGAUGGACCCUGUCCGCCCGACGCGAACGUGCUCGCGAUCGAGGGCCUCUGCCAGAACUGCCUCUCCGAGGGCUCGCUCACGUUGCGCAGUCGCGACCCCCGCGACCUCCCCGUCGUCGAUCCUCACUACGCCGAGCACGAGCUGGACAUGCGCGUCGCCAUCGAGACCGUGCGCGAGAUCCUCCGCGUCGCCAAAACGCCCGCUCUCGCCGGCAUCAUCCGUGCGCCCUUGCUGCUGCCCGCCUCCGAGUCCGAGGCCGAUAUCACCACCUUCGUCCGCCAGAACCUCAGCCAGGGCUUCCACAGCAUGGGCUCCUGUGUCAUGGGCCCCAAGGAUGACCCGCGCACCGUCGUGACCAGCGACUUUAGGGUCGUCGGCCUCAGCGGCCUCCGCGUCGCCGAUAUGAGCGUCUGCCCCGUCCUCACCUGCAACCAUACCCAGGUCAACGCCUACCUCAUUGGCAUACGCUGUGCAGAGGUCAUCGUCGCUGACGCCCUGCGUGCGCCGAAGCUGGCAAGACUGUAG